CAUUGCCAGGCCUGCCAGGGGCGCUGCCACACAAAUGUCGACUAAAGUAUGAGGAUGAGGAGGAGGAGGAGGAGGAGGAGGAGGAGGAGGAGGAGGAGGAGGAGGAGGAGGAGGAGGAGGAGGAGGAGGAGGAGGAGGAGGAGGAGGAGGAGGAGGAGGAGGAGGAGGAGGAGGAGGAGGAGGAGGAGGAGGAGGAGGAGGAGGAGGAGGAGGAGGAGGAGGAGGAGGAGGAGGAGGAGGGGAUUUGACAGGAAGGAAGCGGAGGGAGAAGAG